AUGGAAUCCUGUGCACCUGGUGACGUCCCUAUGUCUAAAGAAGAUAAGUUUUCUAAGAAUUCUAAAAAUGGGGGGAAGAGUGGUGACAUGGAAAGCAGACCUUAUGCUAGGCUCAUUGGCAGUUUAAUGUAUGCACAGGUCUGUACAAGACCUGAUUUAUCAUUUGCAAUAGGUAUUCUCUCUAGGUUACAAUCAAACUCUUCUCAUCAGCAUUGGGUUGCAGGCAAGAAGGUUCUUAGGUAUUUACAGAGAACUAAGUCUCACGUGUUAGUUUACAGAAAAGUGGAAAAUCUGAAGUUGCUUGGUUACACUGAUUCAGACUUUGCAGGUAACUAUCCCAGCUCCAUGAAGUCCACUUGCGGCUAUGUUUUUAUGCUUGUUGGAAUUGAUGUAGCAUGGAAAACCAUGAAACAAAAAUUGAUUGGCACCUCCACAAUGCAAGCAGAGUUCAUAGCUGUAUAUGAAGGAGUCUAUGAAGGCUUGUGGAUUAAGAAUUUUUUGAUGCAAACUGAAGUCCUUAAGUCUAUAGUCUCAGGAGCACUUAAAGCAUUCUGUGAUAAUGAGGCUGUGAUUUGA